CACACUUGAGGUUACCUCUUCUGUUUUUAUUGAUUUAUACAAUAGAAAACACUUAAAUAUUUAUUUCGUUAAGUAGAUCUCUUUUCUCUUAGUUUUGUCUCUGUGAGUAGCUGCUAUCUGUCAUCGAUUCCGAGUUCCAGAGCAAGGUGUUUGGUUUGUUUGUCCACAUCAAGUGAUUCAUUAUGUUAUAUCCCAUCCAAAUGUUAAAUUACAACCUAGCUUAUACUCUUUUAGUCAGAUACAGAUCAAAAUCAUCAUUCUCAAUUUGUCAGUUAUUUAUUUGUGGCUUUAAGCUUUUCCAGUUGGCAUUUCAAGUUAAGUCACACCACAUUUUAUAUUGUUCAUUGUUCAUUUUUUAAUUUAUUUGAUAAGAAAUUUGUCUCAUGUUCUCUGUUAUGUUCAUUCACAGGCAAAUCUAUAUGAAGAUAUCAUUUUUUAUUUCAUACUAUCUAAAAGGCUACACGAGCUGUCUGUGUUGUCUAUAUAAAUAUCCAUAGCAAGUAUUAUUAAGUAUACUACCACAGUAGUGAACUUUCUGUUUCUUUCUUGAACUUCUUGGUGUCCAUUUACACUUGAAUUAAGUUUAUGAGCCAUGGACCCUGCUGUGAUUCCUUUCCACACGUUAAACCAACUUUCACUGUGGCCACAUAUAUGGACAAUUAAAGUUCGUGUAAUAUGUUUGUGGAAGACUCCUGAAGAGAUGCUGGAAUCGAGUCAUUCAUCCUUGAAGAUGAUUUUGAUUGAUCGUGAGGCUGUCAAGAUUGAAGCAUAUGUAUGCAAGGAAGACCCAAUCACUAAGAACAUUGUUCCUGGUGGUGUGUAUAAGUUUUCAAUUUUCCAGGUCACUUGCAAUCAUGGUGUUAAUCGUGUCACAAAUCAUCGUUACAAGCUGCUCCUGCACUCUCGUACUAUGAUUUUCCCAUCUGUGGAAUCAAGUAUUCCUUUUUCCUUGAUAUUGGGCAUAUUCGAAGAGACUUUGACACAUUCACCUACCUGAUAGAUAUUCCUGGGCUGGUUUCUUCUGCAUCAAAGGAGAAGCUACUUAUAAAGAAUAACACUAUGCUUAAAAUGAUAAAUGUGGAACUUGUUGACAAUGGGGGGAAGAUGCUUUGUAUCUUAGCUGGAGAUAUUGUUUCUAUGUUUGUUCAAUACCUCUGCUCAAAUUGGACUGCAAAAUUUGUUGUUGGGCUACAGUUUGUUACACUUAAAUAUGAGGAUGUUCAAAGUAUUCCUAAUGUGACUAAGCUUCAUAUCAACCCUGUUGUGGAAGACCAGUCAGUUUUCAAUGAGAGAUUUAGUGGAUUUGAAAUUGAAGAGCCGGUUGAAUAUCUUGGGUAUCGUGAUAGUGAGUUUAACUUGCAAGAUGAUUUUAUUCACUUGCAUCCAGCUAAAACAUUAUUGCAGCUUAUUCACACAGAACAGAGGGGUGUAUUCAUUGUUCAAGCUCGCAUUGUUUCUGUGAUUAAAGCUGCUGGCUGGGCAUACCCUUCCUGCCGUUGCUAUUCUGAAUUGAAAGUUGUCAACCAUGGUUAUAGCUGUAGUCGUUGUUGUAGAACAAUGGUGAAAAUGAUGCAUAGGUAUCGUCUUAAUGUUCAUGUAUCUGAUGGUGUUCAAAGUUCCGUGUUUAUUCUAAGUGAUCCAGAAGCUACACACAUCAUUAAAAAAGCUUGUGAAGAAUUUGCUUAUGCAUCACCGCAACCGCUCGCAGCGCAUUUUCCACCUGAAGUUGAAGAAAAAUUGGUUGGUGCAGAAGUUUUAUUCAAAGUUCGUAAUGAUGUUAGGAGGUUAUAUGAUGGCUGCUUCUGUUAUGAUGUUCUUCACAUUUGUUCUGAUUCUGAAACAAUGGACAAGUUUAGUGCUAAACGUACAAGUGUUACAUUGGUGGAGUCUAAGAGUGAUUCACGGGUCACUUAUCUGGAGGAAGACAAUAAGCAAGCUGUAUGUGUUGUAGAAAAAGUUGGCUUAUUGGAUGAAGAUGAGAUGAUUAGUAAUGUCAAGCAUAAUUGGAAUCAGGUUGAAGGUUAAAUUUCACAAACGCAAUUAAACUCGGGGCAUUCAUGUUUUAGAUGGAGUUCAUUCCUUUUGUUAUGUUAGAGACUUUUUCUUUAAUGGUUGUACUUCCUCUUAGUUGAUAGUUUCCUUGAAGAUUUUAAAAGCGUUACUACCAAUGUAAUUAGGGGAGUUUAUUUGCUGUUUAUUUUAUGUAGUAAUCAAGUAAGUUUAUUGUAUUAGGAUGUUUUUUGGCUGUUUUGUUUCUUUCUAUGGUUUGCCUGUGUGGUUAGUUUCAAUUCUUCCAAUCAAUUACGUUGUUGUGGGAUUAA